UUCUGUUUCAACUCUUUAUUACAUCACGCUAAAAAAGGAGUAUCAUGUUCAUGCUGUAAGGUUUAUCAAUCUGGACAGAAUCAUGGAGGAGAGCUCCACUUUUCGUUACUCUUUAUGGGAUUACCUGUUUUCUUUGGUGGGAUUGUUAUUUUUGCUGCUGGAUAUAGUAAUGGACAUCCAAACUGUUGUGUCACUUUAUCAGGAGGAAGCUUAUGUGUUUAUGGGGCUGAUGAUUUUUUUUCUACUGGGCUCCUCAGUGUUAUUACAGGUAUUCAGUUGGAUCUGGUACUCUGAUUCUCUGAUUGAGCUCGAAACUGAUGUGGAGAAAUUUGCAAAGAGAAAGAAAUUGAUCAAACUAUUCCACUUCCUGCAGCUCGGUGUCUACCUCAGAUAUGCUGGAGUAAUUGAAAUGUCCACAAAACAUUUUUGUCAGCAGAAAAGAAUUUUCAAAGAGAGUGCGUACCUGAAACUUGACUUUCAGAUGCUUUGUCUAUUUGAGGCAUUUGCUGAAAGUGCUCCGCAACUCAUACUCAUGAUGUCUUUAAUUCUACAAAGAGGAGAGCUUCAGCUUUUUACAGGAUUAAAAUUCCUCACAUCAGCUGCUUCAAUUGCCAAUUCUGUUGCCAUGUACCACAACGGCAUCCGUGCUUUCUUUGAUGUAAAAUGCUGGACCGCCACUGGUGUCUACUUCCUGUGGAACUUUCUGCUGAUCAUUCCUCGUGUGGCUGCUCUGGCACUCUUCUGCAGUGUAUUCCCGUGCUACAUCAUUGCUCAUUUUCUAUCUUUGUGGAUGGUGCUGGUUUUGGUGGCCUGGAGACAGAAAACAGAUUUCAUGAAAAGCAGCAGCUGGCAAGGGCUUUUCAAAGCUACUGUUGGACUCAUCUGGUACUUCAGCUGGUUUAAUAUCUCAAAAAGAAAUACAAAGUUAAGGCAUGCCAUUUAUUGUAGCUUCUUGCUGUUAGACAUGAUGAUGCUUCUGGGCUUCUGGAGCUGGAAGGUGACUGAGUAUGCAGGCUGCUGGACCUCCUUAAACCAAACUGUAGUUAUCCCAACACUACUAGGAUUGUAUAUCAGUGGAAUUUUAGUGAUGAUGAUGAACUACAAAUGGUUUUAUACUAGCUACAAACAGAAAACAGAUGAACUCAGUCAAAAAAUCAAAGAAGGUUCAUUUAAAAAAGGAAUUGCAUUAGGCUAUAGCACUGAGACAGAAACUGUAGAUGAAGUUCCUGGAGUUCUCCUGCGAAGUAGAACCAUGGCUGCAGAUUUCUACUUUUAGUUCUUAAUUCAAUUUUACAGACAUUUCCCUAUAUUCAGUUGUGUUCCCCUACAAUUCAUACACUGUUAUAUAUAAUGUAUUUAUUAUCAUGAUGGUCACCAUCUCAGGAAUAAAGCUGUAAAUCCUGCCAGAAGGGCAGCAUCAUUUUAAAACACUUUUGUACCUUACAGGUGCACAUUGGUACCUUAAAGGGACAAUGUUGUACCUUUAGUGCACACUUUUGUACGUUAAGGGUACUAUGAGGUACACAUUUGUACUUGUUCGGUAUUAAUUUGUAACUUCAUAUUGUAAGAAUGGGUUUUAAACCACAGCUGUAGUUCUGCCGAAUGACUAAAGAGUCAUGAGUACGUUGGUAAAAAAAAUUACAUUUCUAGUCAAACCAUACUUCUGCAAUCUCAUACCAAAAAUGGAAAGGAGGGAAGUAUUAAUAGCUAUAAAUGUGGGAGAGCGGAUUGUAUUGUAUUGCAAUAUGGAACAGUUAAAUGGUGAUGUUAAAUCAAAAGUAAUUCACAAAUACUUGAUAAUGAGACAAUUUAAUGACAACAACUUGCUAUGGUUACAACUGAAUUAAUUACAAAAUAACUGUAUAAAAAGAUCAAAUAUGAAAGGAUAAAGCAUAUGAUAUUAAUUGUAACCAGCUUAAAUGUAAAAUUAAAGUUACCAGAAGUAGAAGGAGAGACACUGGGGGAGAGAGAGAGAGACAAAGAGAUCAGGCCCAGAAGUUAGCCUGAUUGCAGUAAAGUCAGAGAAGAUAGACUCCAGAGGAGGAGAGGAGCAGAGCAGGAAAGCAGACCAGGAAAAGACAGGCCAGGAAAAGAGGCAGAGCAGCGUUUUGUAUCUUUCUUGACCAUGUGACUAAAGCCAAAUGCUGAGACAUUCAAACUGACCAAUCAACAUGUGACCACAUCGUAAAACCCCCAAAGUCCACAUACCAGGCCCUGAUCUUCUCAGUAUCUGCCUUUGGAGUCAGUAUGAACCUUCUUGAGUCAAAAAGACAUGUUUUGCCAUAUAAACAAAGGCAUAUGAUAAUUUAGCCUCUUACAAUAUUAAAAUGUGCACCUUCCCAAAGUGACAGGUGUCUACCUUUAUUUUUGAGAGUGUAUUUGUCAGAACUGUCUACAGGACAAACACAAUUUAAAUGGCUGUGAAGGAGUGGGUAUCCUGGUAAAUGGCUGCUCCAAUAGAUAUAUUGUAUCUGCGUUUAUCCAUUCUGUGAUAUGAUUAAUAAUAAAGAAUUGAA